UCAUUCGGCAGAGUCCAGUCAAGUCAAGUCAACGGCACGGCGCUCACGCGAUGCUUCGUCGCUUCCCUUCCCCUUUCUUCUUCACCACCAGGCAGGCAGCAGACCUCAAGAUCCACGCUCCCCCUUCUCUAAUCCCUCGUUUUCUCUCCCGCCCCUCAACUGGAACCACUCUGGUGGCCACGGGCACGCGCCAUUGCUGAGCUCCGCGAGCAGCCGCAAUGACGCAUCGCAGGUCGAGGUAGACGAGCACGGGCUCCGUCGCGGCGGGCCGCGGGAGUCCGGCAAGGGCGACGGCCACGCUCUCAGCUGAGGGCAGCUUCAGGCAGGUCAUUACGACGUGAUGAGGGGGGUUUUCCCGUCAUUCGGCGGAGUCCAGUCAAGUCAAGUCAAUGGCACGGCGCUCACCCGGUGCUUUGUCCGUUCUCCGUAGCUUCCCUUCCCCUUCCUUCUUCACCAUCAGGCAGGCAGCAGACCAGACCUCAAGAUCCACGCUCCCCCUUCUCCAAUCCCUCGUUUCCUCUCCCGCCCCUCAACUGGAACCACUCUGGUGGCCACGGGCACACGCCAUUGCUGAGCUCCGCGGGCAGCCGCAAGGUCGCAUCGCGGUCGUGGUAGACGACCACACAGGCUCCGGAGCGGCGGGCCGCGGGAGUCCGUACUGAACUAAUGGCAGAAGCAGUGCUAAAUGCAAUCUCAAAGAUUGGCACUGUUUUAGGAGAUGAAGUUAUUAACUUCAUCAUAGAGGAAGCAUCUAAAAAAAUAACUAAUCUUAGGGAACUGCCAAAAAAUAUUAAGCAUGUUGCCAGAGAAUUGAGUAUGAUGAACAAUGUAAUACAAGAUUUGGAUACCACGAAUCUCAGUAGCAAUGUGGUUAAGGGGUGGACUGCAGAGCUACGAAAGCUGGCCUUCCAUGUUGAGGAUGUAAUGGACAAAUAUGCAUAUCAUGCUUUUCAGGUGCAGGAAGAAGGAUCACUGAAGAGAUUCUUCAAAGGCGCACAUAAUGCCAAAGUAUUUAGUGAGAUUGCUGAUGAGGUAGUUUACAUAAAGGGUGAGAUUGAGCAAGUAAAAAAACUGCAGAAGGACUAUUUCCCUGCUGUCCAGGCUGUUCCAGCAGGUCCUGCUGUAAUUGUUCGGCGAGGAUCUCGAGGCUGCUUGCCAGAGCUUAUUCAAGAUGAUGAUCUUGUGGGGAUUACAUUCAAUCAGCAAAAGUUGAUUGGAUGGAUUCACCGUGAUGACCCAAACCGCAGACUGAUAACAGUGUCGGGUAUGGGUGGAUUGGGGAAAACCACUCUGGUUAUGAAUGUUUUUGAGCGUGAGAAAACCAAAUUCCCUGUUCAUGCAUGGGUCACGGUGUCACAGACCUACACAAUAGAUGGCUUGCUGAGAGAUCUACUCAGAAAGAUCGGGUACAAAGAUAGUAUGGAAAAAAUGGAUAACCACGAGUUGAGAGAUAAACUGAAAAGUCACCUAGGUACCAGAAAAUGUUUGGUUGUGUUGGAUGAUGUUUGGAAUAAGGAAGUGUAUCAUCAAAUGGAAGACACUUUCAAUAGUCUCCAAGCAAGCCGUAUCAUCAUCACAACACGGAGAUAUGAUGUUGCAUCUCUUGCAUCUUCAGAACACCAUCUUCAGAUACAGCCUUUGGAAAGCUCUGAUGCAUUCAACCUCUUUUGCAGAAGGGCCUUUAAUAACACAGCAGAGCGGAAGUGCCCCCCAGAGCUCGAGGAUGUGGCUGCUUCUAUAGUAGAUAGGUGUAAGGGCCUGCCAUUGGCAAUUAUAUCUAUGGGCAGCCUCAUGUCCUCAAAGAAACCAACAAAGCAUGCCUGGAAUCAAGUGUACAAUCAGUUCCGGAGCGAGCUAGCUAAACCAGACAAUGUCCAGGCAAUUUUGAAGCUAAGCUACAAUGACUUACCAGGGAACCUCAGAAACUGUUUCCUAUACUGCAGCCUUUUUCCUGAAGAUUACAUCAUGUCAAGAGAGAGCCUUGUCAGGCAGUGGGUUGCUGAAGGAUUUGCUGUGACCAAUGAAAACAACACACCGGAGGAUGUGGCUGAACUAAAUCUUGUGGAUCUCAUUACAAGGAACAUGCUGCAGGUUAAGGAUUAUGAUGAGCUUGGCAGGGUGGACACAUGUGUGAUGCACGACAUUGUGCGUGACCUAGCUCUGUCAAUUGCUAAAGACGAGAGGUUUGGCUCUGCAAAUGAUCAACGUUCAGUGAUACAGAUGAACCAAGAAGUACGUCGCCUGUCAUUGUGUGGAUGGAACGACAGUGAUGUACGUGCAGUGAGAUUCCCGCACCUUCGCACUCUGUUUUCACUUGAUGGUGUAACAUCCACUCCUCACAUGCUGGACUCAGUCUUCUCUAAAUCAAGCUACCUUACUGUUCUAGAGUUGCAAGAUUCUGAAAUAACUGAAGUGCCAGCAUCUAUAGGGAAUCUGUUUAAUCUACGUUAUAUUGGCUUGCGGCGUACUAAAGUUAAGUCACUCCCAGAAUGUAUUGAGAAGCUAUCCAACCUACAGACACUGGACAUCAAGCAAACAAAUAUAGAGAAGCUACCUCGAGGCAUCGUUAAGAUGAAGAACCUGAGGCAUUUGUUAGCUGACAGAGUUGUAGAUGAGAAGCAAAAAGAUUUCCAGUACUUUGCUGGGGUACAGGCACCAAAGGAUCUCUCUAACUUGGUAGAACUUCAGACUCUCGAGACUCUGGAAGCUACAAAUGAAUUAGCAGACCAAUUGGAAAACCUAAAAAAACUACAGAGCGUGUGGAUUGGCAAAGUCAGUGCGAUGCAUUCUGCAAAGCUUUUCGCUACUCUAUCCAAGCUGCCACUUCUUUCCAGCUUGCUACUCAAUGCAAGUGAUGAGAACCAGACACUUCAAUUGGAAGCUCUCAAUCCGCAGUCCAAACAGCUCCACAGGUUGAUCAUCCGAGGCCACUGGGCUGAUGGGACACUGCAGUGCCCAAUAUUUCACGGCCAUGGGAAAAAUCUCAAGUAUCUAGCUCUAAGCUGGUCUGGUCUUCAGGAAGACCCACUCCAACUGCUUGCGCCACACGUCCCAAACCUCAGCUAUCUGGGGUUAAACAGGGUAAGCAGUGCAGAUACCUUGGUAAUACCUGAAGGGCGCUUCCCACGACUGAAGACGCUUGUGCUUAAGAACCUUUCCAAUGUCAACCUAUUGACUAUUGGAAAGGAUGCUAUAAAAAAUAUUGAAGGUUUAUAUAUCGUGGCUCUGCCCAAGCUGGAUAAAGUUCCUAAAGACAUCGAAUCCCUCUGUUCUCUAAAGAAGCUGUGGUUGUUGUAUCUUCAUAAAGACUUCAAAGCUCAGUGGGACAGAGAUGAAAUGCACCAGAAGAUGCCAUACGUUUUAGAGCUUCGUAUCUAAGAGUAAUCAUUUGACCUGAAAUAAUAUCCCCGUUUCUUCUCAGAGCAACACCAUGGAUCGAUUUCUUUGUUGAUUCUGCAAAUAGCUAUCUACUUUCCAUCAUUUUUAUCCUUGCUAUUCCUUUUUCUUAUUAGCGAUGAGGAAAGUAAUUGUUGUUCGUACCUAUAUGGCAUGUUUACUUUGUUUUAUUGCAGUUUGAUUUUCUGUUCCUGAAUCAAGCUCCUAUGUAAUUGAACGUCAUUUGAAAUAAGAGUGUAAAUAUGUUCAUCUUGAUGCACUAGAAUGUAACAUGAUCCAAUUGUAUUA